GGAAAUUUUUAUCGUGAACUAGUUCUCUUUGUUGUUGUGUUAACUUUUCAGAAUGUGUAACAAAGAAUUUUUAUCUUGUAUGUCCAGGAAACUAAAUUAUCAAUUCACAAGAAAUUUGCACUCCUUUUAAAUCUUCAACAUUCUCAAAUUUGCCAAUAAUGGCAACACUAAAAUUUGGACAAGCGACAAGCACAAUUUUUAAUGUUAGUCGGACCAAAUAUGGAGAGGAUAAAGUUUAUGUCCAUCCAGAUGGUUCUAGCUCUACAGCUAGCGGGUGGUCUCCCACAGGCUUUCUGCACCUUAGUGGCAAUUUACAAAGAAUGGAAGAGGAGAAGCUCAUCGAGGAAUUCCAAAGAAAGAAAAUCGGCGAAUUCACGGUACGGGAGCUUGUCGAUUUUGACGUAGUCAGUGGUAGAGUUUUGGAAGAAGCGGAUCUUGAAUCAAUCCCAAUUCAUCCCAUAUUUGCAGUAAAUAUGUGGGAGAAACUUGGGCAAAGACAACGGGAUUGGGCUCUACAGACGCCUGAAGAGAUGGGAGAUGGUCAUUUCAUCAUGGAUAAUCCUUAUGUGUUGAAUGCGAUGAUGCCAGUUCUCACAUUAGCAAGCGCAUUUCUUUCUAGAAUGCAUACUGUACCAUUUGUGGAUGCAUUGUUCUUAGGACCUCGAGAACCGAUGGAUCCUUCAACUUCAACACUUACGAUUCCCCGCGGCCUUUAUACAUUCUGGCGCAGAGAUGAAAAAACCAGAACGGUAAAUGAUUCUCAAGAAUGCCUGGAGGUUGUUACUAGUUUUUUAAAAUAUUUACACGGAAAAAUAAAAUGGGGGUUUGCCUCGGGCUAUUAUAUGCCAUGGGAUGAAGCCCCUAGCAAGGAAAAUUGCCAUGGUGUCACCUUCAUAGCAAAGGAUAGUGAUGACAAAGAAACCAUUUGGAUAUUUUUGGACCUGAAGCUUCUAGAUUUACUAUUGAGGAACGACUUGACCUCUGCAGAGAAAGCCGGUACCCAAUAUUCCUUAGCAAUUACCAUGAUUCAUGAGUUAACACAUGCGAUGGGGUUUAACUUUCAUCACGAUCCUGACCUUGAGGGGCUCUAUGGGUACGAACCAUAUUUUGAGGAUUCACCUCAGUGCGAAUUAGGGUUUGAAAUGGAAAAUAGUGUUUUUGGUGGUAUCAUCGAGCCAGUCUUCAAGCCACCUGCAGCUCCGCUUGCAUAUAGGAUGGUUUCCAGUUAUCCCUCUUGGUCUCACUUAAAAGUGCGAACUCUGGAAACAUUUGUUAUGGAUCAAGCUGCGAAAUACAAUGAUCUGUCAUAUGUUUACUUUGUCCCGAUUCAGACUUUCGAGGAUAUAAGAAAAUUGAGUUUUUGGGAUACUGCUAUUCGGCAAUUUGGCUUUUCAGCUAUUCAUGCUCGGUCAAUAAGACAUGGGUGGGCAGGUCGAUAUGUGGCUUUCUGGGAUCUUGCUGAUCAUUACAAUGCCCCCCAAGCGGGGCUUCUAAAAUCAGGUAGAAUUAAGGAUCACGAACAGAAACAGGCAGCUAGGAUUAAAGAAUUAGCCGAUGUGGUCGCGGUAUACAAUUCAACACAACUUUCACCUCUAAGAAAAGCAGCCUCCAAAUUUAUAGACGAUAUAAUGGCAAGUGCAUCAAAAGAAGAAAGAUUCUAUGACUUCACCCAGGAGCAAGAAGAAAAGCUCACCGCAAUACGUGAAGUUUGCAUUGAGCUGCAUCAACCAUCAAAUGCUGCGGGCGCAGAUCAACGUGAUAAAACAGCUUUACUGCUUCUCACAAAGCUCGAGGAAGCAACAAUGGCCCACAAAGAAACUUUCAAUCUUCUAGAAGCCUCGGAAGCAUUCAAAAAUACGAUAUUUCGAGAUCGUCGCGCAACGAUUUUUCGUUGGAAUAUUGGUACUCGUAGAUUACUUAAUGAUUUACUUACCGGAUUGAGCGCAAAAUCAAGCCAAGAUGGGAAGUCAAUUGCCAUUCUUGAUCAACUCGGCCAGCUCCUUGCCCAGCUCGAAGGGGUACGGUUGAAAAUAUUUCCUCCAUUACCUACUUGGACACUUGGACAUGAAUACAAGCCCGAGGGAGCCGAAGAAUUGAAAAAAUGGCCCAAGGAUUUCUUUGCAGAAGAACUUGCAGAACUGGAAUUCAUGUGUGAUCUCUUCGCUGCAGCGAUGGAAUCCAAUCCGACUAAAUGCUAUAAUUUGGCAGAAAAAAGGGUAACUGAUAAUCAAGGCCCGUCGUCGAUGUCAUUUUAUUGUCGCUUUUUGUGCACGAAUAAGGCAGUGGUGUGUAGGGAUGACUGGAUGGAGAAGGACUGGGAAGAGAGGAAUCAAGUGGUGGAGCAGAAGUUGCAAUGGUUGAAAAUUAUGAGGGAGGGAUGUACGGAGUUGUGGAGGGGUACGUUUGAGGGGUGGAUGUUGUGGUAUGAGGCGAAGAGGAAGAAGAAGGAUGAUGAGAAGGCGUCUGAUGAGGCGGUGGAGCUCUUGAGGCAGAAUUCGGAGAUGGAGAGGAAGAAGAGGAGACAAAGGUUUUAGGGGGAGGGGGAAAGGAGGAAGGGUGGGUGGAUUUCAUUCAAAUCGGGGUUUAUAUUAGUUUUUGAAGAUUGUGGGAUUGAAAAAUGGUGUGGGAUAUUUAUUUUGUAUGUACAGAACUUUGCUACUGUGAUUAAUUGUAAUUGAUUUCGGUUCUUGAAAUAUCUUUUUCUCGAUUGCA